CACACUCCUACUUACCGCAUUUUUCUUCUCUGUCUUUUUCCGAGUAGCGCACGGACCGGAGUGCCCAUCGCCUGUGUGUCCCUCGAGACACUCCACUGUGAUGAAACGCUUAGAUCUAAAACCAGAAAUCUCGAGUCCUAGCUCCGAUAACGAUCUUGAUAUAUGAAUAUACUUACCUGGUGAAGGGCCAUAUAUCUUUGUGUCUAUAAGGGGGAGUUGUAAUUUUUAGAAAAGCUACAAUGGCAGUGACCGAGUCUCAGAAUCCAAUUGUUGGAGAAAUAACUUGCGGGUCUUUAUUGCAUCAAUUGCAGCAAAUAUGGGAUGAAGUUGGUGAGAGUGAUGAGGAACGUGACAAAAUGUUGCUUCAGUUAGAGCAGGAGUGCUUGGAUGUUUACAAGAGGAAAGUUGAUCAGGCUGCGAAGUCAAGGGCACAACUUCUCCAGGCCCUGGCUGAUGCCAAAUCUGAACUCUCAAGUCUUCUCUCAGCUCUGGGAGAGAAAACUUUUGUUGGAGUGCCUGAGAAGACGUCAGGGACAAUCAAGGAGCAGCUUGCAGCUAUAGCCCCAGUUUUGGAACAACUAUGCAAGCAGAAAGAGGAGAGAAUAAAGGAAUUUUCUGAUGUACAGUUGCAGAUUCAGAAAAUAUGUGGAGAGAUUGCUGGAAACUUAAAACUUAGUGAGCAAAUAGGGACUCCUGUAGUUGAUGAGUCUGACCUAUCCCUGAAGAAGUUUGAUGAAUUUCAUGCUCAACUUCAAGAACUUCAAAAGGAGAAGGCUGAUAGGUUGCACAAGGUCCUUGACUUUGUAAGCACAGUGCAUGAUCUCUGUGCUGUAUUGGGGAUAGAUUUCUUCAGUACCAUUACUGAAGUUCAUCCAAGCUUGGAUGACUCCAUUGGUGUUCAGUCUAAAAGUAUUAGCAAUGACACUCUAGCCAGGCUGGCUAAGACUGUACUAGCAUUGAAAGAAGACAAGAAACAAAGGCUGCUGAAGCUUCAAGAGUUAGCAGCCCAGCUAUCUGAUCUUUGGAACCUGAUGGACACCCCCAAUGAGGAGCGUAGUUUGUUUGAUCAUGUUACUUGUAACAUCUCAGCUUCUGUAGAUGAGGUUAUUGUCCCCGGUGCCCUUGCUCUUGAUCUGAUCGAACAGGCUGAGGUGGAAGUUGAAAGGCUUGAUCAGCUAAAAGCGAGCAGGAUGAAGGAGAUCGCUUUUAAAAAGCAAGCUGAACUUGAAGAAAUAUUUGCUCGUGCUCACAUAGAAAUUGAUUCAGAUGCAGCUCGAGAAAAAAUAAUGGCUCUAAUCGACUCUGGGAAUAUCGAGCCUUCUGAGUUGCUGGCCGACAUGGAUAAUCAGAUCUUAAAAGCAAAAGAAGAGGCCCUCAGCAGAAAAGAAAUAUUGGACAAGGUUGAGAAAUGGAUGUCAUCUUGUGAAGAGGAGAGUUGGCUAGAAGAUUACAAUAGGGAUGAUAACAGAUAUAACUCAAGCAGAGGUGCACACAUAAAUCUCAAGCGUGCAGAGAAAGCUCGUAUUUUGGUCAACAAAAUUCCAGCUCUAGUUGACACCUUAGUGGCCAAGACGCAGGCAUGGGAGGAGGACCGUGGCAUGUCAUUUACUUAUGACGGUGUUCCUCUCUUAGCCAUGCUAGAUGAAUAUGCCAUGCUCAGACAUGACAGAGAAGAAGAGAAGCGGAGAAUGAGGGACCAGAAGCGAUUCCAUGAGCAACUAAACACAGAACAAGAAGCCAUAUUUGGUUCAAGGCCGAGUCCCAGCAGACCACUUGGUCCAAAAAAGGUGGUGGGCCCACGUUCUAAUGGAGUUACAAGUAAUACUCCUAGUCGACGAUUAUCUCUGAAUUCCCAUCAAAACGGCACGAGAUCCUUGAGCAAGGAUGGAAAGAGAGACAAUAACCGGCCUGUAGCUCCUGUUAACUAUGUAGCCAUAUCAAAAGACGAUCCAGGAUCACCUGCAUCAGGCACUGACUUGACUGAGGCUUCACCAUGAUCUUUGUAGGCUUAUACAGCUGUGGUAAUAUUAGGUAGUGUAGUUGCAAAAUUAAAGGAAUGUAUCUUUUUUGAUAAGUAAUUAGAGGAAUGCAUCCUUUCAAUAGCAAGUAGAAUUUAUGGACUGGAUGAGAAGUACGUUCACUUGGCAUUUAGAUGCUUUUAUUCAUAACCUUUAUUCGAUCUUCAUCUGCAUC